AGAAAUUUCUUUUUCAAACAGAUGGCUUGAGAAUCCUGCUGUAUCGCUGCUCUCCAAGCCUGGUGACCUAAUCCUUAGUGGUAUGGAAACGAGCUCAGGCUUUCUGAGGAAACGACUGUGGGCUUAAUGCUCACUGCCCCCACCGCCCCUUCCCUGGGGUUCGCAGCCGCUCAGCUGUGCCGGCAGGGCCGGCAGGCGCAUUGGGAGCGAGCCCGUGUCGUGCCUCAGCCGGGAGCUGAGGUCACUGGGACCAUCCCAGCGCCACCGCGCCCGCGCCGCGGGAGCCCUCAGGCAGAGGCGCCGCGUCCCCGCCGCGGAAGGAACGAGGCCGCUCCCUGGGCAUCCAUCCUCGCAGCAUCAUGACUCUCCAGGCUGACUUUGAUGGUGCUGCAGAAGAUGUAAAAAAAUUAAAAACAAGACCAACUGAUGAAGAACUGAAGGAACUAUAUGGAUUCUACAAACAGGCUACCGUUGGAGAUAUUAAUAUUGAAUGUCCAGGAAUGCUAGAUUUGAAAGGCAAAGCCAAAUGGGAGGCAUGGAACCUGAAAAAAGGUUUAUCAAAGGAGGAUGCCAUGAAUGCCUAUAUCUCUAAAGCAAAAGCAAUGGUAGAAAAAUAUGGGAUCUAGAAUAUUCAAAGUAAUUCCCACUAAUAAUUAAUUCUUCAGUAGCUAAUGAACUAACUCUGUUGAGAACACUGCAAUACUAACUCCUUACUGUGUAGUCUGACUAAUAUCUUUUAAGCAUAAGCUGACUGUAAAGGGUAUUUAUAUACAUAAUCUAUUUUUAGAUUGUAUCUUAUUCUAAAUAAAUUUGAACCUAAUAAAUUAA